AUGUAUUACUUCAGAUACUUUUUCCAAAAAUUGCACGGGUCCUAUGAAGCCCUAAAAGGAGGCUCCACUUGCGAAGCAAUGGAAGACUUUACCGGAGGCGUAACCGAAAUGUACGAAAUGGACGCAAGUCCGCCAAACCUGUUUCAAAUAAUGCUUAAAGCCUACGAAAGAGCUUCCCUAAUGGGGUGCAGCAUCGAGCCCGAUCCUCACAUAACCGAAGCCCAAACGCCCGAAGGCCUUGUAAGAGGGCACGCAUACAGCAUCACCCGAGUUCAAUACGUCGACAUCCAAACGCCCAACGUCUCAGGCAAAAUUCCUCUACUCCGACUACGUAAUCCGUGGGGAAACGAGUCCGAGUGGAACGGAGCGUGGGGCGACGGCUCGGCCGAGUGGCGUUUCAUUUCCGAUUCGGAAAAGGAGGAACUUGGCUUGACGUUUGACAAUGAUGGCGAAUUUUGGAUGUCGUUUAAAGAUUUCCAAAAGCACUUUAGUCGGGUGGAGAUUUGCAAUUUGAAUCCGGACUCGCUCAGCGACGAGGAGCUGAGGGAGGGCAACAAGAAGAAAUGGGAAAUGUCGGUGUUCGAAGGGGAAUGGGUCCGGGGCGUUACUGCUGGCGGUUGCAGGAACUUUUUAGACUUCGAAUUGUUUGAAAGUUACCUAAAGUUUGGGACAAAGAAUAAUUAUUAUGAAAAUAAUGAGUGA